CCGUCGCCUCCGCGCGGUUGGCCGAGCUCGCGGUUCUGCGCCGUCACGGUCCCUGGGCCGCGUGUCCCUGACCGUCCGACCCCACAACCAGGCACCCUGCCUGCGCCUUCUGGCGCCGUCUUGGCCCAACCCCUCCCCAGAGAGAGGUGUGCAGUUCCGGGUCGGCGUGCGGUCCCUGGACCUAGUGAGCCGCAUCGCUGCUCCUGCCGUCCCCUAAGGAGGCGUCCUCUGAUCUCUCCGCUUGGUCUCCGAACUCGGGCGCCUUCCCUCACUCGUCCAGCUUUGCUGAGCCGGGGUCCCAGCACCCAGCAAGCACCAGUUCUCCAGAUCCUUCUCAGGAGUUCAGUUAUGGGUGUGAGAGGCUUACAGGGGUUUGUGGGAAGUAGCUGCCCACACAUAUGUACAGUAGUAAAUUUCAAAGACCUGGCAGAGCAGCACCGAAGCAGACAUCCUGGAGGUACUCCUACCAUCGUGGUCGAUGCCAUGUGUUGCCUCCGGUACUGGUACACGCCGGACUCUUGGAUCUGUGGUGGCCAGUGGCGGGAAUACUUUUCUGCUCUGCGAGAAUUUGUAAAAACUUUUACAGCUGUUGGCAUCAAAUUGAUAUUCUUCUUUGAUGGCAUGGUGGAGCAGAACAAGAGAGACGAGUGGGUGAAGCGCAGGCUCAAGAACAACAGGGAGAUAGCCCGGAUCUUCCACUAUAUUAAGUCCAACAAGGAGCAGCCUGGCAGGAACAUGUUCUUCAUCCCCUCGGGGCUGGCCGUGUUCACUCGCUUCGCUUUGAAGACCUUGGGGCAGGAAACACGGUGUUCGUUGCAGGAGGCCGACUAUGAGGUGGCUUCCUAUGGCCUCCAGAACGACUGCCUUGGGAUUCUGGGAGAAGACACUGACUACUUAAUUUAUGACACGUGCCCCUACUUUUCCAUCAGCGAGCUCUGCCUGGACAGUCUGGACACCGUCAUGCUCUGCCGGGAGAAGCUCUGUCAGAGUCUGGGUCUUGGCCUGUCCGACCUUCCUCUUCUGGCCUGCCUGCUUGGCAAUGACGUCAUCCCGGAAGGCAUGUUCGAAAGCUUUCGGUACAAGUGCUUGUCCUCCUAUACCUCUGUGAGGGAGAACUUUGACAAAAAAGGCAACAUUAUUUUAGCUGUGGCAGACCACAUAGCUAAAGUUCGUCGACUGCAUCAAGGUGAGAAAAAGCUAGAAGAGAUACUACCUCUGGGAACAAACAAAGCUCUUUUUUAUAAAGGAGUUGCAUCGUAUCUUUUGCCAGGACAGAGGUCUCCAUGGUUUUUCCAAAAACCUGAAGGUGUAAUAACUUUGGACAAGCCGGUGGUAUCCAUGAUUUCAGGCCCUGAGUCCCAUUGGGAAGUUCCUAUGUGUACAGAUCCUGAGUCCAAGCAAGAAGUUCCCAUGUGUACAGAUCCUGAGUCCGGGCGAGACGUUCCCGUGUGUACAGAUCCUGAGUCCGGGCGAGACGUUCCCAUGUAUACAGAUCCUGAGUCCAGGCAAGACGUUCCCGUGUGUACAGAUCCUGAGUCCGGGCAAGACGUUCCCGUGUGUACAGAUCCUGAGUCCGGGCAAGACGUUCCCGUGUGUACAGAUCCUGAGUCCGGGCGAGACGUUCCCGUGUGUACAGAUCCUGAGUCCGGGCGAGACGUUCCCGUGUGUACAGAUCCUGAGUCCGGGCGAGACGUUCCCGUGUGUACAGAUCCUGCAUCCGGGCGAGACGUUCCCAUGUGUACAGAUCCUGAGUCCGGGCAAGACGUUCCCAUGUGUACAGAUCCUGAGUCCGGGCGAGACGUUCCCGUGUGUACAGAUCCUGAGUCCGGGCAAGAAAUAUCCCUGAGUUCAGAUCCUGAAUUCAAGCAAGAAGUUCCCAUGUGUAUGCGCUCUGAAUCCAAGCAGAAAUUACCUGUAGGUACAAACCCUGAAUUUAAUCCAGAAGCACCCAUGUUUACAAACCCUGAAAUUAAACAAGAAGACACCAUAAAUACGGGGCCUGAAAUGAAGCAACAAGUAACCAUGGUUUCAGAUCCUGAAAUCUUACAGGUCGCCAGGGCGCAUCACGUGCAGGCGGAGAGCUACCUGGUGUACAACAUCCUGAGCAGUGGGGAGGUCGAAUGCAGCAACAGCCUGGAGGAUGAGCUGGACCAGGCUCUGCCCAGCCAGGCCUUCGUCUACCGCCCCGUGCGGCAGCGCGUGUACUCCCUCCUGCUGGGGGGCGGCGGAGGUGACACCAGCGCCUGCCCCACUGUCAAGGAGUGGUUUGUGUACUCUGGGAACCCGCUGAGGCACCCGGACCUCGUCAGGCCUCUGCAGAUGAACAUUCCAGGGGGAACGCCUAGCUUGAAGCUACUGUGGCUAAGCCAGGAGCCAGGAGUGCAGGCCCGGCGCUUGGACACACUCCUGGCCUGUUUCGACCUGUCUUCCUCGAGGGAAGAGCUGCAGGCCGUUGGGAGCCCCUUUGAGGCCCUGUGCUGCCUCUUGAUCUACCUCUUCGUGCAGGUGGACACCCUUUGCCUGGAGGAUCUGCACGCCUUCAUUGCCCAGGCCCUGUGCCUCCAAGGAAAGCCCACUGUUCAGCUUGUGGACCUGGAGCUCGACCACGUCGACCCCAGGGCUGUACAGCUGGGCUCCCUGCUGGUCCGCGGCCUCACCACCCUGGUGCUGGUCAACAGCGCCUGCGGCUUUCCCUGGAAGACAGCUGACUUCAUGCCCUGGAACCUGUUCGACGGGAAGCUGUUUCAUCAGAAGUACCUGCAGUCUGAGAAAGGGUGCACAGUGGAGGUUCUUGUAGAGCAGAACAGGUCCCGACUCACCAAGUUCCAGGCCCUGAAGUCGGCCGUGUGCAGGGCCUGCGUCAAGGAGAACAGACCUAUCAGCAGCAGGCGGCACUGGCGACCACACCACUCAGGGCGGUGGGGACGGCAGGAAUCCAGCUCCCACAGGACGAGUUCCGGGCACAGCCGGUCUGGCCAAGGGCAGCACUGGAGAGACCAGGGCCCAGGAAGUAGACAGUACGAGCCUGACCAAUGGAGAAAGUACUAGUCAUCUGGGUAAGUCCCCACAUCAAAGAUCGAGGUGAACCCGACUUUGUACCGUGGAUCUUUCCUGUCAAGCGCCAGACUUAGAAAGAAUUCAGAUUGAAAUCCUCCCAACGUGGAGCUGAGUUAACUCGGUUUCAGGAUGGGUUUGCUUCUUCAAGAAAAAGUGUGCGUGGGCAGAAUCCAGCCCUCCCCCCGAGGGCCUCCGUCAGAGCAAAGGAACGGGGCGCCACCCUCUUCUCCGAGGAGAGAUGGCCUGUGGGUUCAGACCUGGUGUCACGUGAAGAGCAAAGCAUUCUUUCCCGUCUCUUCCUUAGCCAUUUUUAGAGUCUGUGCCUGAUCCAUGGCCCCAGUGUACUCGCCUCUUCAUGCUGGUCUCCUCAUCUGUGUGUACAAGGAGUGGCUGGUUUCUUUUAACGAGUUGGAAUCUUACUGUAUCCCGCUUUUUAAAAUGUUAACACCGGGUCGUGAGGGAGUUUCCCAGACCACCUUGUCUCAGAAGACAUGGAGUCUGACAGCCGUCUCAUUUUCAGGAAUUGUUUUCCAGCUAUAAGGUCUAACCAGGAGUAAACGCCCACCCCUGUCUGUCCUUGGUCCUCGGGGUGUUUGCACAGAGAGAGGGCAACCGCCCUCCUCCUCGCCCUCCUGGUGGGAGAGGUGACCGCGUUGUCUUGGCACAGCACGCAGCUCACGGUCUGUUUCUGCCGUGCAUCCUUUUCAUUUUGCGUUGCCAGGCUUCGGCCCAGAGCUUUUACAGCAGCGCGGGGGAAGACUCCUGGGUCCCCACAGACACCAGACACCAGACGGGAACCCCGCCGGCGCGAGGAGCAGAGGCCGCCGCUGAGCGUCUGGAAGCCGCAGGUUCAGUGCCUCGGGAGCGGUACAUGUGUUGCUCUUUUUCUGUGAGCCCUGAAAGGCUCUUGUUAAAAAGCAUUUUAAGUGAAUCCAAGUUCAGAGAAAUCCUGUUCCUGGAAGAAUUUGCAGAUAAUCCAAGAAUUGAGAUUUUAUGCCCCCAGUUGUCCCGAGCUCAACCCCUGGAGUAUCAAUAAUGGAAAACGUCCAGAUUCAGCUCUUGGUGACCCCUGUCCCCUUAGCCUGGAGCUGGGGUGGCUGCCCACCCCUCGGGCCACACCCCACGCCUCGGAGCCCAGGACGCCCAGUGCUUACAGACCUGUCCUCGCGGGGUGAGCCCUGAGGCCUUGCAGUCCAGGCCGUGGCGCUGCUUGCCAUGUGCUCCCCCAACUCACGGCCCUGAAUGCCCAGCUCGUGCUCUGUCAGGUGUUAAAAUCCCAUUAGUAUUUACCAAAAAGGGCUACAGCCUCCUCUGUGUUACUGUAUUUACAUCUCUUAUGGUUGAAGUAGCCUCGCUACUGCUGCAGUUCCUUCUGAAGGAAAUUGGCGUGUUUAAUUGCUUUUCACGUGGUCUUGUAGGACACAGAGCAUUAUCUCCCAGCUUUGGAAAAUUUCACGUAUGAAUGUCUCCUAUCUAAAUUUUAGCACCCUGUUCUUUCCCUUUUGCUAAUUUGAGACGACCACUGCUUCUAGAAGUUUCAUUCCUUUGCUGCUUAUUUGUGUAACAUUGAAAUAAAUUUCUCAUUCCUGAGACUAAAAGAGUAGA